AAAAUUAAAGGUGAUUUGUGAGUUGGGACUCUGAUAGACGAAGAUGCUGAUUAGCAGGACAAGGUAGAGCAAAAAAUGAGGAGUUUGAAAGGACUGUUAACUUCAUGCAAAACCAUUCACCAAGCUCUCCAAAUCCAGGCCCAAGCGGUGGUCACAGGGCGCCACCGCGAUCCUUUCCUCAUGGCCCCACUCAUCUCCUUCUUCGCCACCAACCACCUCCACCAUUCUCACCUUCUCUUCUCCCAAAUCCCCAACCCUGAUCUCUUCCUCUUCAACUUCCUCAUCAGAGCCUUCUCUCUCUCCGAAACCCCUCACCACGCCCUCUCUCUCUUCAGGUCAAUGCUCUCUUCCUCCCCACCCGUCUCCCCGGACUCUUUCACCUUCCCAUUCCUUCUCAAGUCCAGUGCCAAGCUAUCGCUUCCAAAUCUGGCUCUUCAGCUUUACUCUCACGUUAUAAGAAGUGGGUUUGAGUCAAGUGUCUUUGUUGUAAACGCUCUUUUGCAGUUUUAUUUUGUUCUCAGGGAUGCCCCCAAUGCGUGCAAGGUGUUCGAUGAAAGUCCUGUGAGGGACCGCGUUUCAUAUAACACGAUGCUUAAUGGGCUUGUGCGUGCGGGUCGUGCUGAUUGUUCUUUGAAGGUUUUUGGGGAAAUGAGAGGGAAUCGUGUCGAGGUUGAUGAGUAUACCUUCGUUGCCUUGUUGUCCGCUUGUUCGUCCUUGGAGGAUAGUCGAAUUGGGAGAGUGGUGCAUGGCUUGGUAUAUAGGAUAUUGGGUUGUGAAAAUGAGAAUGAGUUGUUGAUGAAUGCUCUUGUUGAUAUGUAUGCGAAAUGUGGGUGCUUGGAGGUGGCUGAGAGAGUAGGGUGUUGUGGGCAUGGGAAGUGUGGGGUUGCGGGUUGGACUUCUUUGGUAAGUGCAUAUGCUAUGCGCGGAGAAGUUGAGGUUGCUAGAAGGUUGUUUGAUCAAAUGGGUGAAAGAGAUGUGGUUUCUUGGACGGCCAUGAUUAGUGGUUACUGUCACUCUGGGUAUUUUCAGGAAGCAUUGGAGCUGUUUGUGAUGUUGGAGGGUUUGGGGAUGGAACCGGAUGAGGUUGCUGUGGUUGCCGCUCUUGCGGCGUGUGCGCGGCUAGGGGGCCUUGAGUUGGGAAGAAGAAUUCACCACAAGUAUGAUGGUCGAAGUUGGCAGCGUGGUACCCACGGGGGGUUCACUUGUGCUGUUGUGGACAUGUAUGCCAAGUGUGGAAGCAUAGACACUGCUUUGGAUGUGUUCAGGAGAGCAAGUGAUGAUAUGAGAACUACUUUUCUCUAUAAUUCUAUUUUGUCUGGCCUUGCUCAUCAUGGUCUUGGUGAACAUGCUAUGGCCGUAUUUGAGGAGAUGAGGUUGCUAGGUUUAAAACCGGAUGAGGUCACAUUUGUGGCACUUUUAUGUGCUUGUGGGCAUAAUGGUUUGGUUGAUGAUGGCAAGAGGCUCUUUGAAUCCAUGCUGAGUGUGUAUGGUGUCGGUCCUCACACGCAGCAUUAUGGUUGCAUGGUUGACCUUCUUGGUAGGGCUGGGCGAUUGGAUGAAGCAUAUUGUUUGAUUCAGAAUAUGCCGUUCAAGGCCAAUGCUGUGAUAUGGAGAUCACUGUUGAGUGCUAGCAAAAUUCAUGGGGAUGUGGCAUUGGCUAGACUUGCGAGCCAUGAGCUUCUUGCGAUGGAGCAUGAUCAUGGAGCCCGUUAUGUGAUGCUAUCUAAUGUGCUAACUCUNGUGGAAAANCAUGAUGAAGCCGCAAGUGUGAGAAAGGCAAUUGAUGAUGUUCGCAUCCAGAAGCCACCUGGUUGGAGCUAUGUGGAAAUUAAUGGAGGAGCCCUUCACAAGUUUCUGGCUGGCGACACGUCUCACCCAGAGGCCAAAGCAAGUGAGCUGAUGCUCAGGAACAUUGAUAUGGGACUUAAAACUACUGGGCAUACUACUGGGCAUGUUAUCAGUGAAUAAAAGGUGUUUGAUGUAGAUUAAGAACAUUUAUUUAGGUAAAUAAUUUAAUUAUUUCUUUAUUUAAUAAAAUUAUCAAAUGAGAGCAUAUCUUCGGCUUAAUGUGAAAUUUUGUGAAACAAGUUAAAAAAUAAUAAUUUUGAAUAUUUUUCAUGAGAAUCUUAUAAACAUUAGUUAAAUAAAGUAAUAAAAUGAGUAAAAAUUCACCACCUGGUUGGAGCUAUGUGGGCACGCUUCGAAAGGUUUGGGUUGAAAGCUUCAUUUUUAAUAUAAGCUAGGAUGAGUUUGAAGCAAAUGUGGAAAUUAGAUCAGUUUACUAAUAAUCGUUUUCAUAACAUGUUUAAAGCUUAAUUGGAGUAAAAUUCAGGUUUGGGUUUUAUCGAAAGUAGCCAAAAGUGAUCUAUCGUAGAAACGAGAAAUGUGUAAGCAAACUGGAGAUCAAGAGCAGCAAUAACAGCUGCAGCAGUAUGAUGGGGUUUUUGAAAGA